UACAAUUUCGAAACCAAAUUCAGUUUCCGACUGAAAGAGAUGAAAUCUCUUGGCUUGGUUUCUACAGCUCCACGGAUUCGUUCGUCUCCAUUUCUUUCUCUUUCUCGAACAAGGUUUGCCCUCAAGAUUCCAGCUUCGCUCUACUUAUCCCCUCCAAAGAGAUGCGGUGUUUUGGUCUCCAUGUAUUUUUCAAACCCAGAGAAGAGGUCGAGCUCGAGUUCUGAGGGUUUAUCGACUUCCCAAGGUGGAAUCAUGUCUAGGGCAUCGAUCAGUAUCUUGGAAGAUCAAUCGAUUAACAAUUUCAAAGCACAAGUGGGCAGCCCUGUUUCUCCGCAUUCAAUCAAUCCAUUAGCCAAGCUGAGUUUAAGUGAUCAGGCAUUUCUUCUCUUGGCCUUCAUCGCUUGCACGACUUCAGUGGCUUUUACGAGUCUUGUGAUAGCAGCAGUUCCCACGCUUGUGGCCAUGGCUAGAGCUGCAUCUUCGUUUGCUAAGUUAGCUGACACAGCCCGUCAAGAAUUCCCAAGUACCAUGGCUGCCAUAAGGCUCUCCGGCAUGGAAAUAAGCGAUCUUACUCUUGAAUUGAGCGAUUUGAGCCAAGAAAUAACUGAUGGGGUAAACAAAUCAGCUAAAGCAGUUCAAGCAGCUGAAGCUGGAAUCCGACAGAUUGGAACCCUUGCACACCAGCAAACUCUCUCAAUGAUUGAAGAGAGAGCAAGCUUGCCAGAAAUAUCGCUUCAACCUGUUGUUGCCGGUGCGGCCAAGAAGACUUCUCAUGCAAUAGGCAGAGCAACCAAGACUCUUAUGAACAUUAUAACCGGAGGAGACAAUGACGAAGAUUCCUUAGACAUGUAGAAGUUUUCACUUGGACUGUUUUUUUUUUUUUUUUUUUUUCUGUUUGAGGAAAUUAGUACAAGGGUAAAGGGAAACAGAAUAUGAACAAGGCUUUUGGUAGAAUUGGGUGUAUUUGAGAAACCUGAUGUUGUUUGAUAUAGGAAGAGAAUGUGAGACAUAUUUUUGAAUUAACAAUUUUACAAGG